AUGGCACACAACACACGAUCGACGGCUUCUGCAGACGACCUCUCAUCCUCCAUCGACUAUUCUUCCGUCUUGGCCUCCCUAGUUGACAACGGUGGCUCUCAGACUUUCUCGUCCAUGGAGGCCCUAAACGAUUGGAUUACCGAGAGAUGUUUCCACCUUUACCCAGCGCUGCAGCGAUUAUCAGUCGACGUAGCAAGACCAAAAGCGCUUUUACACGCGAGUACUGCAGGAAUGAUAGUAAGCAGGAGUCGAUCUAGCGCGGACAAGCAGGUGCGGUACUAUAUGCACGGUCUGGAGUGCCAAACCAUCAUAGGCGUGAACAAUUGCGAGCGAGAAGAGAAACAGCGCGUGCGUUUUAACAUCUUGCUAAAGAGGGAAGAUAGGCAUACGCUGCCGCUCGAUUUUAAGGACCUUGCUAGGGCUAUCGCCAAGGGCGUCGAAACAUCCUCCUACCUGACUCUCGAGGCACUAGCGUCGUCUGUUGCGCGCUCGGUACUGAAUCAUUCGGGAACGGAAAAAGAUUAUGUCACAGUUCGUGCUGCGAAACCGAGCGCGCUCCCCCUCGCAGAUGCUGCAGAGGUCGAGAUUACUCGGACUCUACACGACUACAAAGAUACCAUCGUCAACACAUUGCACGACUCGCUCCGUGCUCCCGUCAUGGCGGUUCCCUCUCCGACUUUGACGACGCUGCUCGCUGAACAAACAUUUCGUCACGGAUCCGCAUCAUUCAAGCACAGAGCCGCCAUCGCACUUGGAGCCAACAUAGGCGACCGCUUUGCCAACAUUGAGCUAGCACUGAGGCUCCUAGAAGCUCCAAUGGGAUCUGGCUCGCCUCGCGCAGCCAUUGUCGACACUUCAUUCAUGUAUGAAACUGCACCCAUGUAUGUUACUGACCAGCCUAAAUUUGCUAACUGUGCCUGCAUGAUUGAAACCGAUAUGGCGCCUCUGGAGUUGCUCAAGCGGGCCAAAGAGAUUGAAAGCAUCGUCGGCCGGAUAGCGUCUUUCCGGAAUGGUCCUCGAGCGAUUGAUGUCGAUAUCCUCACAUUCGAUUCGUUGAUUAUGGAUUCACGGCUAGAGCCUGCAAGAGGUUCCCUUGAUAACUUGGAGGGCGAAUUGGUGAUUCCGCAUCCACGAAUCGCCGAGCGUGAAUUUGUUCUACGCCCUCUCAACGAUAUGGUGCCCGACUAUGUCCACCCAAAGCUGGGCAAGUCUAUUCGCCAGCUUUUCACAGAGCUUUCAUGUGAGCAACCAGCGGAUUCUGCACCUAUGUGCAAGGUUAUGCCCUUUCCUCGCUACCCCAUUUCUGCCCCUUCUGAGUCGCAGCCUUUUUCUCCCACUUUAUCAAAUAUCCCAACAGUCCCAUCCACUGCCACAUACUGGAAAUUCCCACUUUCCUCCACGACACCUAUUGCGGAUCAGAAGGUAUAUAUUAUGGGUACACUUAAUGCCACGCCAGACUCGUUCUCGGAUGGCUCUCUGCAUAACACUGUUGACACCGCGCUCGCCUAUACUCGAAGCGCUGUUGCCAAUGGCGCCGACGUCAUCGACAUUGGCGGGUACUCAACACGCCCUGGUGCGGAGUACGUUUCCCCCGAAGAGGAACGUUCCCGUGUCGUACCCGUAAUCGAGACAAUUCGAAAUGAUGCCAAGGUCGCCGACGUCCUCCUUAGCGUGGACACCUUCCGCGCAGACGUCGCAUCCGCGGCGGUGCUUGCGGGUGCGAACUGCAUCAACGACGUUUACGCGUUCACAGGGCCGGAAUACCCACUCACACCCGCGUCGGCUGCGCACUUCCUCCGCAUGCGUGCCGUCGCGCGCAAUCUCGCGGUCCCCGUCGUUCUCAUGCACUCCCGCGGAGAAGCAUCAGCGAACAAGGACUACUCCACAUAUGCAGACGCGCAUGGGCGCGGCGCCGUGCUCGAGGGUGUUCGAGUGGAGCUUGGGGAGAAGGUCGAUGCCGCGGUGAAGGGCCCCGGCGGCCUCAGGCGGUGGCUGGUGCUCGUCGACCCUGGCAUUGGCUUCAGCAAGACGGUAGAAGGGAACAUCGAACUGCUCGGGAAUGCUGCACGACUGACUGCAGAGCCUUUAUCUGGCAGAAGAAAUCUGCUCGCUGGGUACCCACAACUGAUCGGUACGUCGCGAAAGUCGUUCCUGGGUGCCAUUCUGGCACGGGGAGAUGGUGCGGGUGGGUACAUGGGGAGAGAGACGAGGCCGGACGAGAGGGGCUGGGCGACAGCAGCCGCGGUGAGCUGUGCGGUACGGCAGAAUGCGGCGGUCAUCCGCGUGCACGAUGUGCUCGAGCAGGGCGAUGCUAUCAGAGUCAGCGCGGCAAUAUGGAACCAACCGGUUUUGUGCAACUGA